AGACUAUUUUUAGCUGUGAACUUUGUUUUCUGAUUGCAUUGCACUGCUGUGGCAGCAGCACCCUCCACACAAGUGAAGCACAUUUAUGCUGCUUCCCCGAAACCUGAGUGAGCUCAGGAUGUAGAUAAGUAAAAUGGCAAAUACCAUGCCACAGGUCCUUGGCCAGGGGACAAGGCUGACACUGUACCCUACAAAUGCUGCAUGAGGCUACCUGCUCUUUCCCUGGUGGAGAGCAACCCCUACAACCCAGGAGCUGAUCCAGAAAACCAGAGGUUUAUUCCCAGCCUGGGGAGCUCAGUGCUAUUCCAGACUUGCUCUGCAGCCCCGCUUGCAGAGCUUGAUCCCUGGUCCCCAUGGUAUCCGCGUCCCUGCCGUCUCCUAGCAACAGAGACCCGUUCCCUGAGCCAGGGAAUUCCCUGCUUGUCUGAGGCGGAUGGCAGCACCCAGCAAUUGCAGUGUCUCAGCUGUUUUUUGGGAGCACCUGCAGCACCUGGCUCUGCAGGACUUCCCAUGUGGCCUUGGCAGCUGGGUAUGGAGCCAGGGGGGCACAGCAUGGGACGUGGUGGGGUCUUGGUCUACAGGACUGACACUGCCUCUCCCUCUGCAGAACAAGUCCCGCUUUGAUGCACACACCAGCCCCCGGAGAAGCCAGCCAGGGCAGGAGGAGGCCAUGAUGCUGGAUGAAGAGAGCUCUGAGGUGCUGAUAGAGCUGCUGCGUGACCCACACAGCCCUUGGGCUCUGCCUCCAGACUGCAGCUCCCAGGACCAGUACCUGCGGGAAACAGCUGUGCUGGCACCUGAGCUUGUCCGUGGCUCCAACAUCUUCCAGCUCUUCAGAACCCUGCGGAUCGUUGGCAAGGGAGUAAGUGCAGCUGCUGCUGCUUAUAAAGCUACUCAUCUCGGCCAGGAAACUGUGUCUUCCUGUUGUGAGGGAAAACAUCCUGGGAAAAGGACACUUUCCCCAUCCCAGGGUCUUCCCAGAUGUCACUACUGCAGCUGCUGUAGAGCUACUGACCCUCCCACCCAGCUUGUUGCACUAAUCCAUAUUACAUCUAUGCCACACAGAUCAACACUACAUGUCACUUCAGCCACAAAUUUGCUCAGGGGCACAUUGGCCAAAUCUCUCUCUUUACAGGUGGAGGAGGUUGACAAGGGUCUGUUGCAGUUACAGAAGCUGGAGCAGCUCAUCCUCAGUGCCAACCAGAUCAACAGCAUAUCCUCAGCCAACCUGCCUCGAACACUGAAGGUCCUGGAGCUCUGCUGCAAUGGUGUGGGUAAUCUGCAGGACCUGUGCACUCAGCCUCCUCCAGAGCUUCAGCACUUAGGGCUGGGAUACAACAAGCUGCGUGGCCCUUCACAGGACAAAUACCUCACUGUGGACUUCUGGUAA